CCAAGACAGCGGGCCCACGUGGGGCCCACCUAUAAAGCCUGGUAACCGGCGGCGGUGGCGGUGGCGGUGGAUCGCGAUGUGCGUGAGUUUGACGCGGUAUGUUGUCCUCGCCUCCCCCGGUUAACGAUAAAACGGUGGCUGCGGGACCAGGGCGCCAUCUUCUUCCUCCUCUUCCUUGGUCGCAGCAGGGGCCUCGUCCGAGAGACCUUCGUGGUGAACAAGAUGGGGCUCACCUUCACGAGGUUGUUCAGCCGGCUCUUUGCGAAGAAGGAGAUGAGGAUCUUGAUGGUUGGGCUCGACGCGGCCGGUAAAACGACGAUCUUGUACAAGCUCAAGCUUGGAGAGAUAGUUACCACCAUCCCCACUAUUGGAUUCAAUGUGGAGACUGUAGAGUACAAGAACAUUAGUUUUACUGUUUGGGAUGUUGGUGGUCAAGAUAAGAUCAGACCUCUGUGGAGGCACUACUUCCAGAACACUCAGGGCCUUAUUUUUGUUGUAGACAGCAAUGACAGAGACCGUAUUAUCGAGGCAAGGGAUGAACUCCACAGGAUGCUUAAUGAGGAUGAGUUACGUGAUGCAGUUUUGCUUGUGUUUGCAAAUAAGCAAGAUCUUCCAAAUGCAAUGAAUGCAGCUGAAAUUACUGAUAAGCUUGGCCUGCAUUCCCUGCGUCACCGACACUGGUAUAUUCAGAGCGCAUGUGCUACAUCUGGUGAAGGUUUGUAUGAGGGGCUGGAUUGGCUCUCCAACAAUAUCGUCACCAAGGCUUGAAACUUGUAGCAAGGAACAUACUGCUUGGUCAGAUUUAUGCCUUAGCGGCAUGAACUUGUUGGUCGUGGUCCAGUUCUGUUGACAUUAGUGCUAUAAUUUUUUUUCUUUUUUCUGUAGUAUUAGUAAUAAUAGCCCGACUUGUAAGAUAAAAGGUUGAGAAAGAUGCUGCGUGGUUGUAUGGUGUGAUAAUAUGAUUAUGAUCAAUCUGUGUUUGAUGUUCCAACUGAUCA